AUGCCACUUCCCCGACUCUAUCCUGUCCAGUCUAAUAAUGUUGACAUUAUUGAAUUGGCCAUCCAGAGUUUCAUACCUGGCAAUGAACGAAGUGUCAUGUAUAGUUUAUCAGAUCACGAGAAAUCCCGAAUUUGCGGCUCCUGGAUGGAGACGCUACCUGGCCUUCAGAACCAGGCUACUGCUGAUUCUGUACUCUCAAGAGCGAUUAAAGCGCUGGGCGCCUCGAUUGUAUGUCAGACAAAGCAGCAGGGCAAGAUCAGUUCCAACUGCUCACAGACUUACUAUGCCGCUAUUCGAGCCGUGAGAAAAAGCUUUACAACCGCCCUUCCUCAGGCCGACCUAAUAGCGGCCGUCAUGUGUCUCACCUUGGUGGAGGUAAUGGUCCCAGAGUCUGCUGUAGCAUUGGAAGCCCAUGUCAAGGGAGCCGGGCUUUUACUUUUGGCAUACGGACCGGAAUCAUGUCAGUGUGGUGUGCUGCAUAAGCUGUUUGUGGGAUUUCGCCCACUUUUGACAAUGGAAGCAUUCCGACACCGUCAACCCAUAUUUUUAUCCUCUCAAGCUUGGAUCGAUGUUCCGUUUUCGAUAUACAACCCCUCGCCUAUGCAAAGCCUUCUCAACGAAGCUGUCAUAAUCCCGUCACUCUUGCAGCAAAUUGACGCCCUCCUAGAUACCCCGUGCUUAACGCAGAUAUCAGAAGUUACUGAAACGAUUCGUUCCAUCAUUGACGUAUUGACCAGACUUGAGAAAUGGGACAUGAAUCUACGAUAUCAAAGCGACAAACCCUGCUACUGGACCCAAGGAACGACACCCAAGACCCAAGAUCCUCUACUCUGGUAUCCCAAUAUUACGAUGGCCAACGUCUUUACGCAUCUAUGGACUUUCCGUAUUAUCUGUCUCUGUGAGCUGAUGAGGUUAUCCCUAUUUUUCCCCGGCAUAGCUCUCGAGGAACUAUCGCGACUUAGUGGAUUGGAAAUUUCCAAUACUGUUGACCAGAUUGCAACACUAGCUACUCAGAUCUGUAUGAGCAUGGAGUACCUGAUGCAAGACGAGAUGAAGCUGUUCGGGCCCGCGUCCACCUUCUUUCCGUUGCAGGUGGCGCACGAGAAGCUUCGAACAUACGGACCAAACUACCAGGGAUAUGUCACCUAUGUUGAAGAGAUUGUGCUUCGACUAGUUCAGAAAGGGCUUCGAUCUGCAUCGAUUCUCAUAUUUGGCCAUAAUACUUGGAACAACAGAGGGUAA